AUGGCCGGGCCGCACGAAAGAUACGGGCCCCCGGCGGUGACGACGAAACCGCGGACACGACCGCUCCGGAACGGCGGCGGGGGCCGCCGCCGCACGGCCCCCGGGACCGCCCCGCCUAGGCGCGGGACGACGGAACGCCCGCCGACGCCGAAAAAACGGCGCGGGACGCGGGCCUGUUUGUGUUAUUUAGCGGGUUUUGCGAUAUCCGAUCGGGCCGCCCGCCCGAACGCACCCGGCGAUACCGCUGAAGCUGCCCGGCGCGGGGGGAAUAGUGCCGGCCGGAAAAAAAAUGAGUGGGAUGCCUCCGGGGCCGAAAAAUCUGGGCCCCCGGGACGGACCGCGGAGGGCGUCCCCCGAAGCCCCGCCGACGCGCGGCCGCCCGGCGACUGGGGAACCGCGGCCCCCGGGCGCGCGGCGAUACCCGCGGGCGACCCCGGUUUGGACCGCGGCCGAUUCAAAGCCGAAUAUUAA